CAUCAUCCGAAUACUCCGCGGCGAAACGGAUUUUCCUCACUCUCUCUCUCUCUCUCUCUCUCUUCCAAAAACCUCUCCAAAACCCUAACCAGAGCUGAGAUCUACUCUCAUUCCUCACAUCUAUUUAAUGCUUCUUUAAAACUGGUCCCUUUCCCCUCCAAAAUGUCCAGCUCUGACGCUCCAAAGCAGCGCCCCCGACCUGGCCCCUGGCCGCCGGCGCCACCCGCCGACCCUCCGCCUUCAAUGCCGCCAGCGUCGUGGGCGAAGAGGACCGGCUUCAGGCCCCACCUCUCCGGCGAGACGACCGCCGGAGAUUCAGGCCGGAUUGUCGCCACCGUGAAGCCGAAGGAGCCGGAACUCCCCCCGGAUCUGGAAUCGGGUCGCCCAGCAAACGGAGUCAGCUCGGAGAAGGAAAGAAUGCCGGCGCAGCAGCCGUUGGAUAGAGAUCAAGCAGUGACGGUGAAGAAGAAGAGGGAGUCGGAUGGAGGCGCUCCUGGAAUGAACGGUCCGGUCCGGUCCGAUCCCACUCCAUUACAACCAAAGCCUAGCCAGGAUGCAGAGGUUGUUGAUAUGUUGCCGCAUUCGCAUGAUGAUGAAGGGUUCACGGCCCGACACUCUCAUAUGAAGUAUGAACUCAGAGAUACUCCUGGCCUUGUUUCGAUCGGAUUAUUUGGAUUCCAGCAUUACAUUUCGAUGUUUGGAUCUUUGAUUCUGAUUCCGCUUGUUAUAGUUCCGGCAAUGGGCGGCACUCCUGAGGAUACUGCCAAGGUGGUGUCGACCGUGCUAUUUGUAUCGGGGUUGACGACGCUCUUGCACACGCUUUUUGGAUCCAGGUUGCCAUUGAUACAGGGCCCAUCAUAUGUGUAUCUGGCUCCUGCACUGGCACUAAUACAUUCGCCUGAGUUCCUAACAUUGAAUGGGAAUAAUUUUAAGUACAUCAUGAAGGAGCUACAGGGGGCCAUAAUUAUUUCUUCUGCCUUUCAAGCAAUUAUUGGGUAUAGUGGGCUGAUGGCAAUCCUUCUGAGGUUGAUCAAUCCAGUGGUCGUCGCCCCGACCAUUGCUGCCAUUGGACUUUCCUUUUUCAGUUAUGGUUUUCCACAAGUGGGUACCUGCCUGGAGAUUGGUGUAGUGCAGAUAUUGCUGGUCAUUAUUUUUUCGCUUUAUCUUCGCAAGAUAUCUGUAUUUGGUCAUCGUAUAUUCCUUAUCUAUGCGGUUCCAUUGGCUCUGGGAAUCACAUGGGCCAUUGCUUUUCUUCUUACAGAAGCUGGAGUCUAUAGCUACAAAGGUUGUGAUGUAAAUGUACCUUCGUCAAAUAUUAUAUCUGAUGCCUGUAGAAAGCAUUUUUCAAGGAUGAAACACUGCCGUGUUGAUACCUCUCAUGCAUUAAAAUCUUCCCCAUGGUUUAGAUUUCCAUAUCCGUUACAAUGGGGCACACCUGUCUUUGAGUGGAAGAUGGCACUUGUGAUGUGUUCAGUAUCCAUAAUCGCGUCAGUUGAUUCGGUUGGAUCAUAUCAUGCCUCCUCUUUGUUGGUGGCAUCCAGACCUCCAACUCCUGGAGUUCUCAGCCGUGGCAUUGGUUUGGAAGGCAUUUCGAGUGUCCUUGCCGGUCUUUGGGGCACAGGAACUGGAUCUACAACCCUUACUGAGAAUAUUCACACCAUUGCUGUGACCAAAAUGGGUAGCCGGAGAGCAGUUGAGAUUGGCGCUUGCAUUUUGAUUCUCUUGUCUCUUAUAGGUAAAGUUGGGGGCUUUCUUGCUUCAAUUCCUAAUGUCAUGGUCUCUGCUCUCCUUUGCUUUAUGUGGGCAAUGCUCGCGGCACUGGGUUUGUCAAACCUACGUUACAGUGAAGCAGGGAGCUCCAGAAAUAUCAUCAUAGUUGGGCUCUCCUUGUUUUUGUCCUUAUCAAUACCUGCCUAUUUCCAGCAAUACAGGGUUAUUCCCAACACCAACUCAUCCGUGCCGAGUUAUUUUCAGCCGUACAUAGUUGCGUCGCAUGGUCCUUUCCGCAGCAAAUAUGGCGGGCUGAACUAUGUCUUGAACACAUUACUUUCAUUUCACAUGGUCAUUGCUUUUCUUGUGGCCGUGAUCCUCGACAACACUGUUCCCGGAAGCCAGCAAGAACGAGGAGUUUACGUCUGGUCUGAACCAGAGGCUGCAAGGAGAGAGCCCAGCGUUGCCAAAGACUACGAGUUGCCCUUCCGAGUUGGGCGGGCCUUAAGAUGGGUGAAAUGGGUUGGUCUGUGAGCUAAGUUCCACCGAACAUACAUCAUCAUCAUUUUGUUACGUUUCAUAGACGGUCCGCCCACAGAGCCAUCAUUGGUGUUGUAAUUCUAAUCACAGAUUCAUGGACGGUCCGCCCACAGAAUCAUUGUUGGUGUUGUAAUUCUAAUCAUAGACAAUGUAUGUUGUACCGAGUCAUAGCAAAUGAGUGACCCCAGAUGGGUCUUUUUUC